AACCAGCUCGUCUGGCGGCCCAGUUAGCGCACCAGCCAGAGACUAUCGAUUUGAUUGAUUAGUCCCACCUCGGCUGGGUGAGAGCGGGCGAGACCCCGCUGCGUGGAUAACAAGGGAGGCAGGGCUACCGUUCCAAAACCACGCAGCUGCGCGGUGAGCACAGAGCGAACUAUUCUUUCGCCUUUUACUAAAGAAUACCGUGUGCGCGCCGCACGUAGCAGCAUACGCCUAUUUUUGGAGGGUGCUCCCCCUUACCGUGAGGGCCCCAACAAUCAAAAAUCAAAAUUUGUUUCUUCCUGAAUGCUAACAUUGCAGAGUUUGUUGGCUGUAGGAGACCAAGAGUAGAGUGCAUAGGCAUUUCAAUUUUGAAAUUCAGGGAAGAUUGCAAACCUUCUUUUCAGGGAAUGGUCAACUGUAUGAUUUACCAAGCCAAUUUGCCUGCCACUGGGAGUGGAAUGACAGCGCCGCACAUAUGUGCUAACGAAGUAAAACAACCCAACUACUCUUCAAGGGUUGUAUGCAGGUAACUGUUAUUUCUUGACUGUCUCUUGACUGUUAGAUACGUAUACUAUGUUUUCCUCCACCCUGACAAUUUCCCUUCUCUAUACUAUCACCAAUAUCUGCACACCCUGGAUCCCCCAUGGAUCAUCAACCCAACCUUGCCUUGCAACAGAUUAUUGCCACCAUCCACUCAGUCCAUGGGGUCCUGGAGAAAAUUCUGGAAAGGGUUUCAGAUGACAAACCUGACAGAAACCAUGAGCACUUUCAUUCAGAUCCCAAUGAUGGUCUGGAAUUUCUGGCGUUGGAGGCUAACAACAUUCAUGAGCUAGCCAUGGAGAUCGAAUCCAAGCUCUCAGGGCGCAUGGAUAUGCAGAGGAAGGAUAGAACCAGGAUGGAGAGCAAAGUGUCAAGUCUAGUGAAGGAGAAUCAAGAGAUACAUACCAUGUUGAAGGCUGCUAUAACUGAGAAGGAGGCGGCGGAGGAUAGCCUUCGUGCAUUGAAGGGCGAAAAGGAGCAGGGAAGAAGUGCCAUCUUGCAGAUUGCUGAGAGAGGAUUGCACAAGGUUGGCUUUGGCUUCAUCAUGGAGGUGAUAAGUGGCGAGCCAAAAAGCGAGGAGGAGCCAACCACCUCUGGUACAGCAACUGCGACAUCUGAUGGAAGAGAAAAUGAACAAGAGCACAUCAGUCUGGCUUGUGUAAUUGAAAAUACAGUGAAAACCCUGCAUGGUGAUAUCAGUGAUCUAAGGCAGGCCUUUGACAAAUCCAGGUCAGAUUGCGAUCAUUUCCAACUUCUUGCUGCUGAACGGGCUCAGAAGAUAAACAACCUUGAACCGUAUAUAAAGGAUUUGGAAGAAAGAGAGAGCUUCCUAGUUCACAGUGUGGAAGACCUCACUCUAGAAAUGAAAGCAGUAGAACAGGAGGCUACAAGAUGGACGGAAGCAUGUGAACAGGAGGUAGAAGCUGGAAAAUCUGCCAUCAAAGAACUCAACCAGGAGAUUGCCUUGCUCAGAGAAGAGCUGGGAAGGGUAAAAGCAGACUUGGAGACUGCAAACAGUAAGCUACAGCUAAAAGAGAAAUUAGCAGCCAGUGCAAUGGCAGCACAAGCAGCUGCAGAUGCAUGCCUCAAGCUUGCUGACAGAAGAUCUGCUGGGCUGCAACGGAGGAUAGAAGAGUUGACGAGACAAAUAGAGCAAGAAGAUGCACAUGGAAGAAAGGAGAGAGGAAGUACUCGCAGAAGAUUAAGGUAUAUCUGCUGGCCUUGGCAGCAACUUCAAGUUAUAUCAGCAUCCUGUCAAGCUAGAACAUGGUUUGUUGAUCAGAACGGUAGAUUGCUACCAAGGACAGAAGCACUAUUGCAGACAAGAAUCUAACUUCUCUUCUCACACAUUCAUUCCCUGUAAUAGACUCCUGCCUCACUGGCUCCCUAUAUUGCACUUUCUACCCCUCAUUUUGUAACAGUAGUUUUAUGUAAGCACGAUUUUACGCA